CCUAAUAUGCACAAGUCUGUUUAUUACCUACUCGCCGCCAGUUGCGUAUCCUCUUUCAUUCCUGCUCCGUUCCUGCAUUUAGUUCAAACAGCAUUAGACAGCAGUGCAUUUUCAAGAAGGAAACUACUCACGAGGUUUCUGAAAACUCUCCGACAGUCCACGACCGGUUUCGCUCUUCUUGGGGUUCAUCAGCUUGAACUCCGGACAUCGGAAAUACGAGGCAAGCUUGUCAACACUACACCACUAGAGGGUGCUGGAUAA